GAUAGUUUGAAACGCAUGGCCGCCUACAGUGUUUACAACUUCUCGAAAGGAAGUAAAGAGAAACAAGUCUUGACGAAGACGGCCGUCGAAUAUAUUCAAAUGCUUUUCAUUCAUACUCUCCUUUUAAAAGUGCAAAAUUAACACCGUCAAGGACAAAGGUGUUCUCUGCUGAGCUGCGAACAGGUGCAGACAGGCUAGGCAAGCUACAACACAGGUCACUGGGUGCUGUGAUGUCCUCGACCCCAAGAAGACUCAAACACGCAUCCUGCAGGAAGAAGCACUAUCCUAGUAGCACUUAUCUCACACACGUCUGACAGCCAACCACCUGAGAGAAAUUACUUGGACGCCAAAUACGGGAUUUGACUGGAUAGAUUAAUCAACGAGAGAUAUGUGUGACUCAGCUGGAGGUGGUGAGAGUGGAGGUGUGACUGGUGCAGGGCAGGACGCAGAGGCAGACACUGAGCCCCCACAUUUAACAGAAAAGGACAUCUUGGAGACAUCAGAUGAAGGAGGAGAAGAACUGCCUGCCAAGCGGCCCAAAAUGAACAUAGAAGAACAAGAGCUAGAUCAGGUCGCAAACCCCCUGAAGAUGGAUGGAGAAACACCAGCUGAAUCACAGCAGGAAGACACGGCCCCACCAGCAGCACAAGGAAUGGGAGAACCACAGUGUGAAGAGGAGGGUCAAAAAGAGGUCCUCAUCAGUGGGAGAGGAGGAGGAGGAGGAGAAGAAAGUCAUCCGAAUGGUGAUGGGGGCCAUGAUGCCUCCUUAGACGAAGCAGAGACACAAAGAGAAGAGGAGCAAAAUGGCAACAGUCCCGCUGACAGCCCCAGUGAAAGACAGCACCUAGGCCUAGAUUUUACCCAGAACCCUCAGAUGCUGACUGGUUCCUGGAGUGAGUUCUCCACCAUUCCGGAGAAUUACCUCAAAGGCUGCAAAUGGGCCCCUGAUGGUUCCUGCAUCCUAACCAACAGUGCAGACAAUGUGCUCCGUGUGUACAACCUUCCUCCAGAGAUUUACAGCUAUAACUGGGACUUGCUUCCUGAGAUGAGUCCAGUGCUUCGAAUGGCCGAGGGAGACACCAUCUACGACUACUGCUGGUACCCUAAGAUGAACUCUCUGGACCCAGACACAUGCUUCUUGGCCAGCAGUAGCCGUGACAACCCCGUCCAUGUGUGGGAUGCUUUUUAUGGGGAGGUGCGAGCCAGUUUCCGUCCCUACAAUCACCUGGAUGAGCUGACGGCGGCCCAUUCCCUCUGCUUCUCGCCCGACGGAUCACAACUGUACUGCGGCUUCGACAAAACAGUCCGGGUCUUCUACACGGACCGCCCCGGGAGAGACUGUGAGGAGCGGCCCACCAUAGUGAAGAAACAGGGCCAAAGUGGCAUCAUCUCCUGCUUUGGCUUCAGCCCCUGCCAGUCUGUUUACGCCUGUGGCUCUUACUCCCGCUGUGCUGGCCUCUACUCCUGCCAAGACGGCACCCUGCUGGCUCUGCUGCCGACCCGCCAUCACGGAGGCCUCACCCAUCUGCUUUUCUCCCCUGACGGCAACUACCUGUACACCGGCGGGCGCAAGGAUCCAGAGAUCCUGUGCUGGGACUUAAGGGAGCCGGGAAAGGUUGUGUUCUCACUGAAGAGGAACGUGGCUACAAACCAGCGCAUCUACUUGGACCUGGACUCGUCUGGCAGAUACCUCCUGAGUGGUGACACAGAGGGGGUUGUGUCAGUUUGGGACACCCACACAGCGCCUCCUGAUGGUAACGAGGAGCUGCUGCAGCCUCAGCUCAGGUUCAAGGCCCAUUGGGACUGCACCAACGGUAUCAGUGUUCAUCCCUUUAUGCCACUGCUGGCAACAUCCAGCGGGCAGCGCCAGUUCCCCUGGCCCGGCGACAGCGAGGGUGACUCGGCCUCCGACGGCGAGGGAGAAGAAGCUGUGAUGUCACCGCAGGAGAUCAGACAAGACAACACCCUGUCUCUGUGGUGGGCGGGGCCGCUCGGCCCUUCGGCAGAGGGGGGGCAGGAGGUCCCGUUAGGUCAGCCAGCGGACACAGAUUGAGUUACACCUGCCAUGUGAUAUUUAUUUUGGGAGUGUUUGGUAUGGAUCAAGCUCAUUAUGGGUCAGUCAGAUUCUCUUUAUCAUCAGCAACAUGAAGUCUUGAGGUGGAAAGCAUUUUGGAUGUUACCUAUACAUGACCACAUUUACAGUCUGAAUGUGCACGUCAACAUCUACACACUCACAACUCUUACUUAAGGAGGAUUGUGAAACAUUACACAUCAGGUCAAUACAGACAUUCAGGGCUAUAGGGAUGUGGACUUCACUGUUGUAAUGCCAAAUUGUUAAAUAAGAAUUUGAACUCCAUGCCAGGAAUGUGUUGAGCGCUCAAACCAAGGAGGUUUUCCUUUUAACCUUACUCAGGUUGUACAACAGGAAGGUUGCACAAGGAGUGGACUGUGGCCUCUUAAUUCUCCAUUUUUAUAUUGAAUUAGUUUAAGAUUUGUUUGUUUUUUUAAACACCAAGAUGAAAUAGAAAACAUAUUUUAUUAAACUUUGGUUAUUAAUAAGGAAUCAUCUUCCUGAAUCGGAGGAGAUCGAUUGAUGCCCAGCGUCGUUCAAAUCUUCACACCUUGCGAUCUGAGUUGUACCUGUGGGAGUGUUUGUAUAUGUGUUGCUGUGAUGCUGCCCAGGAGAUUCUUAUCCUGCUAUAGUAACAGUAAGUGCCAUUUUGUUCUUGAGCUUUUUGUGUUUGUAAGCUGAUGGGAUCUCUUUGUUUUUACCUUUCUGUUUUUUAAAACUUUAGGACGCACUAAGUGUUGUGUCGCCGAGUGCAUGCUCACAAAAUGUAUAUUUUUGUAAAGCCUCAUUGAACAUUCUGAUUUUCUGAAUGUAUACUCUGUAAGCAGCUAGCUUGAUUACUGUAACCUCAUAACCUGUGAAAGUCUUCUAGGUACUGGGUGCACCGAGUGAUGUCUUAUGAUAUUAUUUAAAAACUAAAAAGUGCUCUGAUUACAUUUGAACUAUGCUUGAGUGGAAGCACAUGUGUGUGUAUGAUGUUUCUAAUGUACUGCUAUUUAGUGUUGGUGGGGUGUGCUUUGUUGUACAGUUUCAAAAGGAGCAGAGCAGGCUCCAUCCUCAGCCUUGUAACUUUAAGUACUGAUGAUCACAUGACAGUUCUGAAGUGUCGAUCAAGGUUCUUCUUUUUGGAACUCAAAUUUGUUGCCAACAAAAAGCUACAAUACUGAAGCUAGUCAUAUUACACACAUUUACUUCACCAGGAAGCUUUAGGAACCACACAGGCCUUGGCGUUGACCUACACUAGUUUUUGAUUGAAAAAAAAAAAACUGUCAACAAGUGGAUUUCUGCUGGGUUUAUUCAAGCUGGAGUGAAUUAAAGCAUAUCUAUUCACAA